UUUAACAACGAGGAGUGAGGGGGGAGGGGCAGACGUAGCUCAGGGUUCACCCAGUGGAGGACCCUAGGGUCUGAGUCCUGUUCUUGGUUGAGGUUUUUUUUUAAAAAACAGAAGACUUGGCUCUGUGGGUCUGCUGGCUGGAAGAAAGGCAGUGAUCGGUGGGAGACCACACUUUGUCCUGUCCUUUCAAGGGUAUCUCUGGGGGCCCCCCGGAAAAACAGCUCAGCACCGAGGCCCGUCAGUGCAGCAGAGCAGCCUCAUGGAUCUUCAGAGACAGAAAGUUCAACACCUGGGAUGUGCGCGUAGUUUUUGGAGACAUAUCUCUCUGACGUUUCCCGCAGCUUUGGUAAGUUAGUAUUAUAUAUUUGUCAAUGGUUGAGCUGUAAAGUUUUAUUUCAUUUCAAGUGUUAAUCCAGCUUAAUUGUUUUUUUUUCCUAAAAGUAAAAAUGUUUUUAAAAAUAAUGUGAUGUGGUCAAAUUAUUUUACGGUAUUUUUUUCUUUGUAUUCAAAUGUUCUACUAACACUCACUCUUACUGCAUCUCAUGUCACCUAUGUGUGGCACGUUUUAAUGGGUAGCAGUUGUUCAACCCCUCAAGGCUGAAUAGACUCAGCAUUUCUGUAAACCUAUUGUCCAAGUCAAUCCUCAAAAUUAGAAUUUACUUCCUCUGAAAUCUUAAUGUGUUACAGGAACUGAACGUCAUCCGUCAUCUGCUCCUUUCUCACGCUUCCUCCGCGUCUUCCCGGUGUGAUUUCAGUUGAUGUGGAUCAUGUUGCUGUGACUCGGGUCAUGAAGGCCAGGAGCUGCAGGCUCAUGACAGGAACCCACCCCCCACCCUGUCCACACUUGCCAAAUAUAUACCCUCCUAAAGUAAAUAUAAUCCCGUCCGGGUGCAUGUGGAAAAGCACCCUACCUGACCAGCAGCAGCAGAGUCCCUCACUCUGUUUGUCCCUCGGCUCCUCUGAGACUUUUCCUCUGAACUCGUGCCGGGACCGAGCCUAGCAGCCAUGGGGGACUGGAACCUGUUGGGAAAGCUUCUGGAAAAAGCCCAGGAGCAUUCCACGGUGGUGGGAAAAGUGUGGCUCACCGUCCUCUUCAUAUUUCGGAUCUUGAUCCUGAGUGCUGCCACGGAGAAAGUGUGGGGCGACGAGCAGUCGGGCUUCACCUGCGACACCAAACAGCUGGGUUGUGAGAACGUGUGCUACGACAUCACUUUCCCCAUCUCCCACGUCCGCUUCUGGGUGCUGCAGAUCAUCUUUGUGUCCACGCCUACGCUCAUCUACCUGGGUCACAUCCUUCACCUGGUGCGGAUGGAGGACAAGAAUAAAGAGAAGGAGAAAGCGCGGGUAAAUGCCCUUCACUCGGACAAGCAGGCCCUGAUUGUGGGCGCCCACCGCAAAAAGGCUCUGAUAAGGGAUGAGAAGGGCAGAGUGCGCCUGCAGGGGGAGCUUUUACGCACAUAUGUCUUUAAUGUGGUUUUUAAAACCCUGUUUGAGGUUGGAUUUAUUGUGGCCCAGUAUCUCCUGUAUGGCUUUGAGCUGAAGCCCAUGUACACGUGUGACAGAUGGCCCUGUCCCCAUACGGUGAACUGCUACAUUUCCCGCCCCACUGAGAAAACCAUUUUUAUUAUCUUCAUGCUGGCGGUGGCCAGUCUGUCUCUCUUCCUCAACCUGGUGGAGAUUUACCACCUGGGCUUCACCAAGUGUCGCCAGGGCAUUACCUUUAGAAGAACUCAACGGUCCCUAGGUCACACUGUCUGUAAGGAGCCGAGCGAGACCGCCGUGCCCUUUGCUCCGAGUUACGACGAAUACUUUCACAGACACCACCAAGUCCAGCCCGGCUACCCACCUGUGCCCAGCUACAACCUGUCUCCUCUGUCCGAGGGCACAGACUCAUCCUUUCACCCCUAUCACAGCAAGGCGGCGUAUAAACAGAAUAAGGACAACCUAGCAGUGGAAAGGAGCAGCAGCAGCAAGACAGAGGAAUGUGACCUGAAAGAAAAGAAGGGAGCAGAAUCGCCCCCUGGGUCACCCACGCAGACUCAACACAGCCGCAACGCCAAACACAGCAGCGGCAACAAGACUAGAAUAGAUGAUCUGAAGAUAUGAGGAGGUUUAUGUUUCUCUGAGAGUGGUCUUAAAAUGCUGAGAGUGGACGACAUGUUGCCUGGACACGUCCAUAUUUGUUGAACUGACCUCCACUCUUUGAUAUGGCACGGGUAUGACUCAUUCCAGUCUUUUGGAGAGAGGACAAACACUGGACAUGUGGAGGAGUGGACAUUGUAUUCUAAUGUGGAAAAACAGUUACUGGAUAAAAAAAAGACGAUUUGUCUGCCCUCUGAUUCUACGCUGGGUUCAAUGUCACAGACAAUGUUCUACUUCUACUGUACUGUACUGUAUAGCUGGGGUCCCUAACCACCGGGCUGAGGACCGGUAACAGGCAAUGAAUUAUGUGGUACAGGGCCGCACAGAAAGGAUACAUUUUUUUCAACUUAUCUUAGCUGCUGGGGAUUUUAUUUUGAAAAACUCACUUCCGUUAUUUCUAAUUUCAGUGCUGUAGACAAAUGAAUAUUGUUGAAAAGUAAAUCCUGAUUAAUCCUCAGUUACACUGUAAUUAAUCAGGUUAAAAAGUUUAAUAACUUACAUAGCAGGAAAAUACUUAUUAUAUUUACAUUAUAUAGGUAGUCAUUAAAUCAGAUAGAAUUUGUUCUGUUAAAUGCGUAACCUGCCCACAUACACAGCUGCUGGUCCGUGCUAAAAAAAUGGUUGGGGACCAACAUUUCUCCACCUUUCACUGUUGUUUAUGAAAGAAAAACUAGGGUUUGCUCAGGUUUUUUUAAUUUUUUUUUUUAAUUUUGUUUUGCCUAAUGUGUCAAAAAACAAUCCAGGCCAGAAUCUUCUUCAGCACAGACCUGACCUCAUUUGUGGCCUCAUUUAAAGACAAUCAAAUAAGGGCAAAUAAUUGAGUUUGGUUUCCUUCGACUCCUCGGAGGUCACCUUCUAGCAGGGUUCACUCCUUUAAACUUGAAGCCAAAAGUUGUGCAAUACCUGAGAACACAAUGGACACUGGAGUCACUAACUAUUUCCAGGACGUGCUUGAGAAAGAAAGAAAGAAAGAAAGAAAAAAAAAAUCACAGGAGUUGCAGUGUUUGCACUGUCUCAUUUUAAAGCGACAGCCAGCAAAUACAUAAUUACACGCACAUUGUUUUGUUUGUCCUUGUUUAUAUCCAUGUCUUUGCUCGUUAGUUUUCUAUAAAGCACUUGGCAACAGUUGUAUUUUUUUUUUUAAGUGUUUGAAAUGAGCUUUUGUGAUCUGUAAAUCUUGACCAGAAAACACCAGGGUGACAUUUUUACUGAAACACAUCUAAGAACUGUAAUCUCAUAACGUCAUGUGUAGCAGACAGUGGAGCUGUUUUUUGCUGCUUUGUUUUAAGAGUUCGAAAUGAACCUCUCCUGAAGCUCUGAAAUUAGAAACAGUCAGGUGUGGGUUGAGUCAACAGUCUAGCGUCAGUGUAGCGCUGCAAAUAUCUCAACCUGUUCAACGAUGACGUGCUUCACAUCUCAUGUUCAGGUUUGUGCCAGGAAAGCUGAGCUCACAGACGGACUGUUGUUGACCUUGAAAUCCCUUGCGAAAGCAGGUUGACGAGGUACGUUCAGGACUUCCUGUCAAUUUAUGGAAAGCGUUAGACGUUUUCUCUCAACAAAGUUCGGUGCAGUGACCCCUGUUUGUAGUUCAUCAAUGUGUCCAGUCCAGUCCAGUCCAGUCCAGGCACGCUGUUUUAUUUAAGAGUUUUGUUGUGCCAAAGACAAUAUGCUGCAAAUUUCCAACACGUCAACUGGGAAAUAAAUAAUGGCCUAACCAGACAGA